UCCGCAUUCAGCCUGCCCGCCCUCCGCAUUCCGCGGUUCCUUGAAAAGAAACAGCCUCUCCAAGCAUGAGGAGCAGGCGCCCGCGAAAUGUCAGCUUACUGCCGCCUCCCGUGCUUCAAAGCUUGACCACCCCAUGUUCCCUUGCACUGCUUCGUUAGCCACUUACCCAUGACAGCCGAGCGCAACACGUCCCACCUCCCCUUGCCGCCGCUGAAGCCAUCCACAGGUUGGAGUAGAUAAGCACUGGGCAUGAUGGCUGCAGCAAGUGGUGGCAAUGGUCACAUGGACGUAGAUGACCAGUCAGAAUCAGAUGCCUUGCCAGUGCAGAAACCACAGAAUACAGUAAAUAGGUGCCAGACAGAUCAGGAUGCAGAGGGUCGAAUAUGUGUGCAAGCUCCAUCAAGACAGCAGAAUCAGCAGGACCUAGAGGAAGGGAGCCACACAGGUCAAAAUGCAGGAGACUGUCGGCAAUCGGAGGGCCGACCAGUGAAGGAUACAGGGAACCCAGGUGGUCGAGAUCAGGAGAAAGGACAGGAUGCUGGAGAACAGCAAGAACACCAAACUGGACAGAAUCCGGUGGACCCAGAGGAAGCGGCGGCCCAGCAGCUGCGGCGUGCUGCGGAAAAGGGCGACGUGGCAACUCUGGAGCGGCUGCUGGACUCGGACCCAUCUCUGGCAAUGCGCACCGAUGCCGACGGCUACACGGCGCUGCAUCGGGCCUGCUAUGCCGAUCAGCUGGAGGCCGCGCGGCUACUGCUUGAGAGGGCUCCGGACACCUUGGAGUGGCCCACGGUCGACUGUUGGCGCCCGCUGCACUCGGCUUGCAAGUGGGGCGCACUCAAUUGCGCGCGGCUGCUAGUCGACUGGGGCGCCGACGUGAACGCGCCCAGCGAAGGCGGCCUGACGCCGCUGCACCUGGCGGCCAGCCAGGCACGUUCUCGGGCCCUGCUCGAGCUGCUGCUGUGGUCACCAUUCGCCAAUGUCGAUGCGCGCAGCCGUGCGGGCGACCGACCCGCUGACUUGGCCCACCGCCAUGGCCCAUGGGCCAGCCUGUUCGCGCUGCACGCCCCGGCGGUCAACCACUUCUGAUGACGACUUGCCUCGAAGACGUGUCACGAGUGUGCGCGAGGAUGCACUUCGUUUUGCGACACGACAAGGAACGGUAACGACUGCCAAACCUUGCUGUGCUGUUCAGGUGUGUUCAUUCCCUGCGGCUUACAGAGAUCCUGAUCGUCUUCACAGUUAACUUGCCACGGUUCCUCCUAAUUAUGGAAUGGGCAGAUUAAACAAUAAUGUUGACCUUC